AAAGCCCAAGACAGUACAGCAAGAGCAAGAGCAAGAGGGGCUGUGACAUCAAGAUCAAGCGCCGGCCGAGAGGGAGGGCGUCCAUCAUGCUGAACAAUAUUAUCUCCUCCGUGCUGCGGCGGCGGGGCGGGGCAGGCCAGCUGUGGGGUCACGGGACGGCCGCUCUCAUGUGGACUGACUUCUGGGAGCUCUCCAUGCGAGCCCUGGCACCCUUCAUGACAGCCGUGCGGGGGGCCGGGGGAAGCAGCACGACCACCGAGGCAUCCUUCGACACCCGCCCCUACAAGCUGCACCGCCUGGAUGAGCCGCCGGCCUCAACCACCACCGUCACCCGCGAUGAGGCGCUCCUCUAUUACCGGCAGAUGCAGAUAAUCCGGCGCCUCGAGUCUGCCGCCAGUAAUUUGUAUAAGGAGAAGGCCAUCCGCGGGUUCUGCCACCUCUACAGCGGGCAGGAGGCCAUCUGUGUGGGCAUCAAAGCAGCUCUGAGGCCCCAAGACUCCGUGAUUACAGCCUACCGAGACCAUGGAUGGGCGUACGUCAUGGGCUGUACCGUGACGAGCGUGAUGGCGGAGUUGACGGGGCGUUCACAGGGCAUGGCACGGGGCAAGGGCGGCUCCAUGCACAUGUACACCAAGAACUUCUACGGCGGAAACGGCAUCGUGGGCGCCCAGGUGCCUGUCGGGGCCGGCGUGGCACUGGCGAACAAGUAUCUCGGGAACAGUGGCAUUAAUGUGUCCCUGUAUGGCGACGGCGCGGCCAACCAGGGUCAGCUGUUCGAGGCCUACAACAUGGCCAAGCUCAUGAACCUGCCGAGCGUCUUCAUCUGCGAGAACAACGGCUAUGGCAUGGGCACCAGUGUCGACCGCGCCUCGGCCUCUGUGGACUACUACACGCGUGGAGAUUACGUCCCGGGAAUAUGGAUCGACGGGAUGGACAUUCUCAGCGUCCGCGAGGCACUCCGCUACUGCGUCGAGUACUGCACCACCGGGGGGCCAUCGGGGCAGGGCAGGGGGCCAUUGGUGCUGGAGGUGGCCACUUACAGGUACCACGGCCACUCCAUGUCGGACCCGGGGACUUCCUACAGGACCAGAGACGAGAUUCAGGAAGUGCGGCAGACCAGGGACCCGAUUAUGCUGUUCAAGGAGAGGAUUGUCGGAGCGGAUCUUGUGACGGCUGAGGAGCUGAAGAAAAUCGACACAGAGGUGAGGAAGGAAGUGGAUGAGUCUGUGAAGGUGGCCAAGACCGACAAGGAGAUCCCGGUGCAGGAGCUCGCGGCGGACGUCUACCUCAACCCUCUCGAGACUACCAUCCGUGGGUGCACGCCCUUCGACCCCUACACCCACCAGCGCAUCAGCAAGGUCAUCAAUCAGCACUAGGGGUCGUGGGGUCGUCUUGAGGGGUCAGGGAUGUCGUUCCGGUGAUGCAUGUAUGGGAUGGAAAAGAACGGAUUAUUGUUGAUUUUAUUUUUUGUUUAUAAUCGAAAUCUUUAUGAAUAUUGAAUCCACAAUUAAAAAACGGAAUUGACCUUGUAGUUUGGGUUUCCACGGCACUUUAGAAGGAGGGAAAAGGGUCGGGCGAGAUUAUUAGUGUUAGUAUUUGUUGAUGAAAGAAUUCUGAACAGCAAAAACACUAGAUAAUAAAAAAUAAUGAGGGAGAGAGGAAGAUGGAGUUAGCUGAGAAGAACGGAAGGAGAGGGAGAGAAGGGAAGAACUAGUUUAGAAAAAGAAUGAAAGGAGAAGGAGA